UUUGGGGUGAGUUCUUAUUUGUGCCCUGGGUACCCCUGGAUCUAUAGCGGGGUGACUGUUACCCCAGACUAUCAGGGAAGUUCUAUGGCAAUACAUGCCUAUACACAUUUACAUCAAUUUAGAAUGUUGAGUAUGGUAAUUACUGCUCAUUCUAAGACAUUUAAAGCCUAAUUGCACCCAACAUUCUUAUUGCCCUAGCAGGCAGAAAUUGGGGCACUUGCUUUCCUAUCUUAGGGCAGAAAUGGAUGUUAAUGAUGCUCGGGGAUAAUACUGCAGGUUCUACUACAUAUUUCAUAUAUAUAUAUAUAUUAGAGUAUCUGUCAAUCAAACAUACACUUUAAUGAACUUUAGAGAAGAGAGGCCUUGGCCCCCUAGUGUAUAGAAAAGGUAGAACAUGUUUAGCCGGAGCCUCUUCUUUCUCAUCUCAUUUUAGAGUUCAGAUUCCGUUUGUUAUUCAGCUUUUCCCCAACAUAAGUGGCUGGUCAUGAAACACAUUGUUUAUUCCCCUUUAUUCUUGGCAAGACAUAUGGUUUCAUCCAUAAUUAUGACUUGCCAUAAGCUGUAACAUAAAGGUAAUAUUUGCCUCUGACGGCAGCAGGUCCUCGCGAGGCAGAACUGGAUGUAUCUGUAGAUGCCCUCAAGUGGAGAUCUUUUGAUGAACAUGUAUGUCUUGUAGAAACCCCAGGUAAUGGUGCUCUACUCAGUCAGUCAAAAAGGUACAAUAUACAAAUUGUGCAAUUGAAAUGUUUAUUCCAUAGUCCUGGGGGCUUCAAGGAACCCAGAAGGAGCCCUGAAGAUGUUUAUCAUUUUCCACAUCUAGUUGGAACUUGUUGUAGAAAAGUAUUAGUAAGAAAAUCAGUUUUAAUCAGUAGUUCCCAAACUUUGGGGUUGCCUCCCCCCAACCUAAAGACCAAUUAGGGCGACAUAUGGGGAGUAGUCCUACUUUGCCUUCUAGAUACGCUUGUAAACCCAACUUGAAGAUCAUGUAUGGUGAACACUUGGAUGUCAUAGAUAUUAUAGGAACUAGGGGCUGAUGUUCCCUGAAGCCUUACUAUUAGCAAAUGGAGCCCUCGAUCAUAGGCUGAUCCCCAGAGUGGGGCAGAGUCAAUUUCAUUAACCAUUUCAGGGUAGCCGAGAGCUUCUCUUGACUGUAGGCGUACACCUUCUCUGGCAGGAGUACUUUUUUGAGGCUAUAGAAUGCACCGCCCUAUUACACAAGAUAUUUUUAGCACUUGCCCUAUUAAUUAACAUGUGUAAUUGGCCCAGAUUUGAAUGAAGGAAGGGAUGAGCUGACUUGGAGUCAUUCGGUGCUUACUGAGUAGAUGCAGGUCAGGUUGGACAGCAAACAUUAAGGUUUUUUUUUUCUUUCUGUUAGUGGAAGUCAUUUCUUCUCGUCUCCAGCUGUAUUAGAUCUCAACAUGAUAAAGCUUAGCUUCUCCUUGAUACUUUUCUGUCUAUUCCCAUUUGGAAACGCACAGUCCGAUUCUCCAUUUGUAAUGGUCCCAUAUGGAGGUCCAGCAGGACAGUGGACAGACAUUGAAUAUUGCCCCCCUGGUACUAAGGCCAAAGGAUUCUCUGUUAAGAUGAAAGAGAAAGAAGGAAUUCCGGGGGACUCUGCCCUUAAUGGGCUCCGUCUGUACUGCACUUCUGAAAAUAAAGCUGAUGGGGAAUACAUUGUGACAUCUACCGAGGGACAGUCUGGGACCUGGUCUAACACUUUCCGGUGCAUGAAUGGCUUUCUCAGCUCCUUCUGCCUCAGAGUGUCUCCCCCCAAGAGAAUCGAUGACGACAUGUUGGCCAACAUUAAGUUCAGGUGCCGGGACAGCCUUGAACUUGAAGGAUCUGGAAGCCAAAGGGGGUUCUAUGGACCUUGGAGCGGCAAAUGCAGCGACUACAUCUGUGGUAUUCAGACCAAGGUCACCAAGCAAGGCGACGUGGUCAUUGACUUCCGGUUUUAUUGCUGCGACAAAUAAACUUGCUCAUGGCGCCUCCGAAAGGUGUAUGUGGCUCUUGAUGUCCUGGGAGUAAUGGCCGCUUAGCUUCUUAGGUCUGUGUUUGGGAUCUUGCACCGACUUACCCUCAAUCUACUCAUUUAACAGAAGAUAUUUGCUUGUUUGGAAUCCUUGGGCUGCACAGGUAUUGGUUGUUUCUGAUUACUCUAGCCAAUUAAACUCUUGCUUUAUACUGUG